GGAAACAACCAUUUAUCAAUCAAAAACAAAACAAAAUUUGUUUAGUAUUUUUUAGACCAUUUUCUCUUUUGGUUCCUUUUUUGGUAGUUGUGUUCAAAAAUUAUUAAAAAUUCCGGUAUAAUGAGGGAAAUCGUACACAUACAAGCCGGACAAUGCGGAAAUCAAAUUGGUGCUAAGUUUUGGGAAGUGAUUUCUGACGAGCACGGCAUCGAUCCUACUGGAACAUAUCAUGGGGAUUCAGACCUUCAAUUAGAACGUAUUAAUGUGUACUAUAAUGAGGCAACCGGAGGCAAAUACGUGCCUCGCGCUGUUUUGGUUGAUUUAGAGCCAGGAACGAUGGAUUCAGUUCGAUCAGGACCUUUCGGCCAAAUUUUUAGACCUGAUAACUUUGUGUUUGGCCAAAGCGGUGCCGGAAAUAACUGGGCUAAAGGACAUUACACUGAAGGAGCUGAACUUGUCGAUGCUGUUUUGGAUGUUGUCAGGAAAGAAGCGGAAGGAUGUGAUUGUAUGCAAGGUUUUCAACUGACACAUUCUUUAGGAGGUGGUACUGGUUCGGGAUUAGGAACCUUAUUAAUAUCAAAAAUACGUGAAGAAUACCCCGAUAGGAUUAUGAAUACUUUUUCAGUGGUACCAUCGCCAAAAGUCUCCGAUACUGUGGUUGAACCUUAUAACGCCACGUUAUCGGUACAUCAAUUGGUUGAAAAUACUGAUGAAUCUUAUUGCAUAGACAAUGAAGCUUUAUAUGAUAUCUGUUUCCGUACCUUAAAAUUAACAACACCUACAUAUGGCGAUUUGAAUCAUUUAGUGUCUGCUACGAUGUCCGGUGUAACUACGUGCUUACGAUUUCCUGGUCAACUAAAUUCGGACUUAAGAAAAUUAGCUGUUAACAUGGUGCCCUUUCCUCGUCUUCACUUUUUUAUGCCUGGAUUUGCUCCGUUAACAUCCAGAGGAAGUCAACAAUAUCGAGCUUUAACUGUUCCUGAAUUAGUUCUUCAAAUGUUUGAUGCUAAGAAUAUGAUGGCAGCUUGUGAUCCUCGUCAUGGAAGAUAUCUCACUGUUGCUGCUAUUUUCCGAGGUCGUAUGUCAAUGAAAGAAGUUGAUGAGCAAAUGCUCAACAUCCAAAAUAAAAACAGCAGUUACUUCGUUGAGUGGAUUCCUAAUAAUGUAAAAACAGCCGUUUGUGACAUUCCACCUAGAGGGUUAAAGAUGUCAUCAACAUUUAUUGGAAACUCUACAUGUAUUCAAGAAUUGUUCAAACGUGUUUCCGAACAAUUUACAGCAAUGUUUAGAAGAAAAGCUUUCCUUCAUUGGUAUACGGGCGAAGGAAUGGAUGAAAUGGAAUUUACUGAGGCUGAAUCGAACAUGAACGAUUUAGUAUCUGAAUAUCAACAAUACCAAGAUGCGACUGCCGAAGAAGAACCCGAAUAUGACGAGGAGGAAGAAGCAGAAGAAGGGGGUGAUAACUAAUCGGAGUCUAACGUUUCUUAAGUUGAGAAAUUUUUGAGUGGAUAUUUAAAAAACGUUUCGUUUAGCACCGCGCAAAUGUUAUUUUUCGACUUUUCUUUUGUAAUGAAACCGGGGUGUAAACAAUUUUUUAUUGUAAACAUAAUUUCCUCCACAUCAGUAAAUAUUUUAU